CUGACACUGUAAUUCCCUUCACCACCAUCGUCAGCAUACCCUUCUGUCUUCUGACCCUAGCUUUCUUUUCUCCGGCCACCUCUGAGCUUUCUCUGCAAUUCCAAGCUUUUUCUCCUUCAAACUUCCUCUCCCUUGGUGCGUCCGACAAGUCAAACUCUUCCGUUUUUCUUUCAUUAAUUUCUUGCUAUUCUUCUUUAUGGGGUCUCUACGUUUCGUUUACCUGCUUUUUGAUAUCGCGCUCUCUUAUCUCUCUGAUCUCUCUUCCUGGGUUAUCGAGGUCUAGGAUUGGUGCUUCUGGUUGGUAAUUUUAUGGUGUUCUUGGUCCCGUUCUUGUUUGUAUAGUUUCCAGCGGUUGUAAUCUAAACUGGGUUGAUUUCUUCCUUUCAUUAUUUUGAUUUUUCAUCAUCCACUGAUUGAAAUGCGUGCUGUUCCUACAAUGCUGUCUCAGCAGCAAAACCCACCUGAGAUUUCGCAUUCUCUGCACCAACAAAUUGGUCUCAACGGCAAUGGCAUGCAAGCAGAUAUCGGGUCCUUCUCUAUAAGACAGUUUGUUCUUGCUUCUCGUCAAAACGAUAUCCUUCGUAGCUGGCCAUUUCCAGAGAAAUAUUUGCAAAUCUGUUUCAAGCAUGGAAUCAGAAAUGUGUUGCCGCCUCUUGAACCUCGCGAUUCGGCUAUUCAAUCACUUAGAGGUUGUGCAAAGUUCAAGUUUUCUGAACAAGAUAUUGAAAAGACUGAUUCCUUUGACAAUAAAGCACCAGAUUCUGUUGAGCAGGAGAAACUUGUUAAAGAUGAGUGUGAUUCAUACUCUCAUGAAGAAUUAUCAAAAGUUUCAGGCCAGGAUUGCAAUUUGUCUCUUUCUAGCAAUAGCUAUAAGCUUGAAGAGAAAAAUUCUGAUAUUCCUUCUGUUGAUAAGAACAGCAAAUCACAGAUUUCUUCCAAGGGGUUGAGGCAUAAGCGAAAAAGGUAUAAGGGGAAACGAAAGAAGCGGUCAAUGGUGGAUAUUUUAGCUAUAGCAAAGCAUUGUAAUUUGGAGGAUCUCCAUAGAAUUAACAGAAUAUUGGGCUGUGGUUCAGCAAAACCUCCUGAACAUGGGGGUGAGCAAAAUGGAGGAAUGGUCGAUAUUGAGAGUAAUUCCAAAUCUGAACUCACAGAUGAGUGCUUGGACAAGAAGUUUCAAGGAGAUCAUGAUUGUGAAGCAGCAAAUGUAAAUAUGUCGAGAGAAAAACAAUGGGUACUAAAGUUCAAGUUCAGUGGAUGCAAACCCAAAUAAUGAAACAGAUACAAAAAAAUAUAUAUAUUCUCGGCAGUAUAUAUCAAGCUCCAAGCAUGAAGAACAAAGCGGGAAAAGGGAUGGAUGGAUGGAUAGAAUCAAUGCAUCUUUAGCCAUUGAUUUCUAACAUAUGUGCUGAAUAAUGCCAAUGUAUUGUGGAAGAACCGGAUUCCAUAGCCAAUCAAAUUUCAAAUAGACCCUUCUAUUGCCUCAUAUCACAACUAAAAUGAGAUGCAACUUUCGUUAUA